AUGAUUAAAACAACAGAAAAAAUUGAUUAUUCAAAAUCAGAAACAUUACCGUGUGAUGAUAAUUAUUUAUCCUUGAAAUCUGAAAAAACUAUAAAUCUAGAUACAGAGAAAUGUGAAAUUUUGCUUAGUGAAAAAAAAAAAAAAGUGAAUGAAAAUUUUUCGAAUAAAUGCAAUGUAUCUAAAAAUAAGGUAAUUUCCUCAAAUUCUUUAUAUAACGACAAAAUUAAAGAUAAUAUAGAACUUUGUAGUAUUGUUAAUAGUACUCAAACAUUUAUAAGAAAUGACUUCCAAUAUAACAAUCAAAUGAGUAAUAAAGAAAAAAAAAUAUCAAGAAAAUCUAACACUUCAAAAAAAGGUAAUGAUAAGAACAUCGAAGAAAAUGAAAAAGAUUUUUUUUCAAAUAGUACCAUGUACUAUAAAAAUACCAUUAGCACAAAAUAUUACGACAAUAUUAAUGAAAUUGAUUCAAAAAAAAACAACGAUAAAUGUUUUUAUGUUAAUGAAAGUAAAAAUAACGAUUCAUUAAAAAAUUUAAAAAAUAAUACAAUUUCAAGAAAUAAUAAUCCUAUAAUAGAGGAAAAAGAAUUACUUAUGAAUCAUAUUGAAAAUAAAAAAAAAAUAAAUAAUCUUUUAGGCAAUUACACAGAAUCUUCUUUAUCAAAAUGUAGAAUUUCUGACAUAAAUAAAUCAAAUUCAAAAAAUUAUAAUAAUUAUUCGAAUAAUUAUUCAUAUAACGUGGAAGAAAAUAAUAAAUCUAUAUAUAUAUUAGAUAAUAAAAAAAAGAAGAUAGAAACAUUUUUAGAUUAUAAUUCUCAAAAUAUAAUGUCUAUUGUAAAUGAUGAUGAAAAAAGUUACAACAAUCGAAAUAAUCAUAAAAAUAUUUCCGAUAAUACUAAAGAUUGUUUAAAGAAAAAUUCAAGCAAAUUAUCAUGUAAAAAAGAUAAUACUAUAAAUUUAACGGGAAAUUGUUAUUAUGAUUAUCAUAAAAUAGAUAAUGAUCCUAAUUUUGAAAGUUCUAAUGCUUUGAAAUUGGGAAAUGGUAAAAUAGAAGAGUAUACAAACAAUAUAAAUGAAAUAUAUGGAAAAAAAGAAGAUUUUAGAAGUAUGCUAAGUCUGGAUAUUUUUAAUGAAAUGGAAAAUAUAAAUGAUAGCACUACAGAAUGUAAUUCAAUGAAAGAUAUAUCAAAAUUUCUCGUGAAUUACAAUACAUCUGAAAAAAAAUUAGAUAAAAAUUAUUAUAUAAAUGUUCCAGAAACUCCUGUAAGUUUAAAAGAAAUUAAUAUACAGGAUAAAAAUUCAUCAUCAGAAAAUAUAAGUAGGAAGAUGUCAGAAAUGGUUCUAAAAUCAGAAAACAAAAAUGGGACACCUAGUAACUAUGAUUUAGAUUCAAUAGAAAAUAAUGUCCCUGUCAUUAAUGAAGAUAAUUUUGAAAUAAAGAAAAAUGAAACAAUCCAACAAUGUUUUCCUAAUAAGUCAAUUUAUAUGGAAAAUGACACACACAAAUGUAAUGAGGAAUUUAUAAAUGAUAUUUCUGACGAAGAAUAUACAAUAAAUAAAAAAGAAGUAAAAAAAGAUAAUUAUGAUUUAAGUAGAAACUCUUUUAAAGUAGGAUCAGAUAUUCCCAAUGAAAUAUAUUUAAAAAAAAAGAGUUUCAAUUUUAAUAAAAAAACAGAUAGUAUAAAAAAAAAAAAUGAUAAAACAUUAACAAAAAGUCAAAUUUAUGAAAGUACUAAAAAUAAGAAUGAAGAAUCAGUGAAUAAUUUAGGUAAAAAAAAAAAAAAAAAUUUUUUUGAUUUAGUCUCAAAAAGGCGCAUAGAGAGCACUGUUAUUCCUCAAGAUAAUAGUAAGGAUAAUGUAUAUUUAGACGAAUAUUUUCAUAAUACAAUUCCAAGUGACAUUAUGAAGAAUGUAAAAUAUGAAAAUUCAUCUAAUACAUAUAAUGAAAUAUUAAAUAAAAUGAAUUAUAAUUUAUCAUCAGAGUUGAAUAAUAAUUCAAUUUAUAUAUCAGAAAGAAAUGAAGAAAAAAAUAAAAAAAAUAGGGAUACAAGAGAUCUUAAUUAUAUACAAAAUGAAAAAAUAGGAACACGUAAAGAAAUGCAAACUCAUAAAAAUGAUGAAGGAACUAAAAAAAUAAUGUGCAAUGAACUUGAAGCAAAUUACACUCCAGGAAAACGUUAUUUGCUUUCUGUUAAAAAAAAUGAAGUUAUAAAAGAUCAGAAAAGUCAAAUGCUAUUAAUAUCUAAACAAAAAAUAAAAAAAAUAUGGAAUAAAUUUAAAAAUAAUUCAUCCAAAGAACAAAAUCCCACCACAUAUGAUAAUAAAAAAUAUCCUUUCCCAAAUUCUGAUUUAAGUACACAAAAAUUUGAAGUUUGUAAUUACAAUUCUUUUAAAGAUUGUAUCAAUAAGCCAUUUAAUAACAUAAAUAACAUGGAAAAACAAAUCAAGUCAAAAUGUAUAUUUAAUUGGAAACUAGCUCAAAAAGCAUUAAUUAAAAUGCUACAUAGUGCACAUAAUUUUUAUUUUAAUGGUGUGAAAUAUUCAGAUUGGGAUCUUACUUCUAUUCCAACUCUCGGUUUUUCCAAAUCAAGUAAUAGAGUUCAACAAAUGUUUAAAGCUACUGUUCCCUCAAAAGAUGGUAAUAGUAAAAAUGAAGUAAAAUUAUUUAUUAAAAAAAUACCUAUAUAUAUAUGGGUAAAACAAUUUAAUUUAAUGAAUGAGUAUGAUGGAGAAUAUGUAACAGAUGGGGAAAAUUUUGUAAUGGAAGCAGCAGCUUUAGCUUUUUUAAAUGAAUAUCAUCAAGGAAUAACUCCUAAGUUAUUUAAGGUAUUAUAUGAACCAGAAAGUAAACAUUUUAAUGAAUAUAUGGCACCAAAAGCUAUGUUUAAUAAUUUGAAUUUAUUCAAUAAUAUAUUAACUGAAAGACUUAAAUGUAACAUUAAUGGUAAUAUUGUUAUAGUUUCUGAGUUUUUCAGUGAAGAUAUUCUUGAUUAUAUAGAUAGGAGACAAAAAAAAUAUAAUAUGAAAAUAAGUAAUAAUGAAAAAAGUUAUAUCCUUUAUCAAUGCUUAAAAUUGUUGAUAAGACUUCAUGAUGCUGGAUUAUCUCAUCUUGAUUUAACUCCAGAAAAUAUAUUAAUUUCAGAUAAUUAUGAAAUGCGUUUAUGUGAUUUAUCUAAAAGUACACCUAUUUAUACUUAUAAUUUAAGACAUAUCAAAGAUGUCAAUCGUUUAAAUUUAUUUGAAUCUUGUGAACCAACAAUAGCAAAAGGAGCAUAUAUGCCACCUGAAUGUUGGAAAAUAUAUUGGAAAUAUGAUACAAUGAAAAUAAAAAAUCCACUAAAGGAUUUAAAGUCUAUUACUGAUCAAGAUAAAAGAAAACAAUUUUAUUUUGAUGUUUCAAGUGCUGAUAAUUUCAUGCUUGGAGUUUUUUUUUUUUGGAUUUGGACAAAUGGAAACUUAUGGAAGUGUUCAGACCCAUUACAAGAUGAAGAUUUCUUUUAUUUCGUAAAAUGUGACAUGGACUUUGAUAAAUUUGAGCUAACUAAAAAAUGGCCUAAUGAGCUAAAAAAUAUUAUAAAGCAAUUAUUGCACAUAGAUUAUAGAAAGAAAUUAAAUUUAAAAGAUUUAAGUGCACAUCCAUGGUGGUCUUGCAAAUUGUAA